UCACACACUGCUGCCUGUAUGUGUGAGUGUGCACCGCCUCUCCCUGUGCUCUUUCCCUCUCUCUCCCUCUCUCUCUCUCGCCCUCUCUCUCUCUCAUACACACUCAGACGUGCGCAUACACAGACCAAGGGGGAGAGAGAGAGAGAGGGAGAGAGGGAGUGUGAGGGGAGAGAACACAUCGCAGCAGAGAUGCAGCAGGAGGUUUUCAGAGAUUUUGAGGGCUGGUCAUGGUGUCCGGUGAGAAGGUGUGGGACCCCCUCCAUGCGGGCCUUCUUCAGUCACAUUUGAGCGAUAAACACCUGGCUGCGGGGCUCACUCCCAUCUGCAACGCCACAAAGACUGCAAACAACAACUCCAGGUGGCACCAGAGUCAGCGGCUGUCACCUUUCUCUUCACCACCUCCGUCAUUGGUGGCCCGACGACCAGUUCAGGCCUCUUUACCUUUAAACUUCAGCAGCUCAAGCAAGAUCGAAGGGCUGCACAAACCAGUCAAAGGUGUAAGGGUUUUUUCUAACCCUGAAGAAGAGGCAGAGAAAGGGGAAACCGAGGAGCUGGAGAUGAAGGGUAAAAAGCAUGGAGGUAGGGGAGAGACCAUGAUAGAGGACAGGCUGGAGGAUAUAGCUGAUGGACCUAAAAAUGCAAAAAUCACCUUAAGCUUCCCACUUAGUGCCGCCCCACUUCCAGCCUCCCUGACAUCUCCAACCCACUGUCGUAGCUCCUCCUCAUCUUCCCCUUCACCCCAUCGAAAGAGGCCUUCCUCCAAGAGCUCAGAUGAGGGGUCUCUGUGGAAACUGGAUGCUACCACAGAUGUAAAGCACAGACCUUUCAAGCCCCAGAGGCAUGACAACUCUCCGUCCUCCUCUCCAUCCUCCUCCACAUCUCCCAUGAUUGUUCAUGCACUUCUGAAGAAGGAUAUCAAAUCUCCGCCUCCUCUCAAGUGCUCCAAACUCAAUCAAGAGACUCAGUUUCACAAGUCGCCCCCAAGAUCCUCCAGUGGGUCUUUAGGGGGCUGUUAUAGUGGUGAUGGAUGGGAUGAAAGGAACAGGUUGUCCAAUGGUACGGCCUCACCUUCACGAACUGCCCAGAUCCUCUUCAGUCUGGGCACAUCAGCCUUCCAGAGAGGUGGGGAUGCAGAGAGAAGAGAUAAAGUAACAGGGAGACCAGCUGGGAAAGUGGGCAGCCCUCAUGGUCCAAGUCUUCACCCACCCACCCUCCAUCUUCCUCCCCCCUUACCACCACCUCCUCCCCCACCAUCUGAGGGUCUUACUGCACCCCCUCACUCAUCCUCCUACCCCCCUACUGACAGCCUCAAGCCUGAGCUGAUUUGCGGAGUUUGCCACCGGCUUUUCAGCUCAGCCUCCUCCUUAACAGUCCAUAUGCGGCUGCAUCGGGGCAGCCGCGCCCUCAGCUGCCGGUACUGUGGUAAAGUUUUUAUCCACAGUAAGAGACUGCAAUCCCAUGAGGCAUCCUGCAGGGUGUCAGGCCUACCCUCCAACAGCCUAGGCCCUCCUUCUCUCACUGUACAUCCAAAGGAAGAGCCUCUGGAAGAGGGUGAGGUGAGAGUGGAGGGGGGAGUGAUUAUGAGAGAAACAGACAUCAGCAAGGCGCGGCCAGGGAAGAAAGCACGGAGCCUCCUGGCUCGUAUCCAAGGUGAUGAUGCAGCAGCCACGGAGCUACUAGAGGGUGAUGAGAACCAUUUUGUGAAGGUGGUAGAUGGCAAUGUCAUUUACUUCUGCUCUGUGUGUGAGCGUUCCUACAUGACCCUAUCCAGCUUGAAGCGUCACUCUAAUGUACACUCGUGGCGCCGCAAAUAUCCCUGCCACUUCUGUGACAAAGUUUUUGCCUUGGCUGAGUACCGUACAAAACAUGAAGUGUGGCACACAGGAGAGCGUCGCUACCAGUGCAUCUUUUGCUGGGAUGCGUUUGCAACCUACUACAAUCUUAAAACACACCAGAAGACGAUUCAUGGGAUUAAUCCCAGCCUCAUCUCCAGUGAAAAAACAGCUAAUGGGGGUUAUAAGCAGAAAGCUAAUGCCCUCAAGCUCUACCGCCUUCUCCCAAUGCGCUCCCAGAAGAGACCCUACAAAACCUACAAUGACAGUUUGCAUAAUGGCCUGCUACUGCCACAGUCUGAAACACCUUCCCUCUCUCUGCCUGGCCUUGGCUGUGCCCUCGGCCCUGAGGACCUUCAAAGCCUCAUCAGUGGGGCCCACCAUCAGAGUGUAAAGCCUGACCCAGAUGCCUUCCCUGAUGGAUUCCCUGUUUCUGUGGCUGCUGAGCAGAGUGACCUCUCAGCACCAACACCCAUCCCCCAAACUAACACGCCCCAAGUUAGAAAACAUGACAGUGAGGCCCUAGAGUUAGAGCAGGGGAGAUGCAGUGGCAGCUUCAAAAUGUCUAGUAGCGGAAAAACCAAAACUCCUAAGACUGUAAGAGGCACAGAGACAAGCAUGCCGUCUGUGAUAACAUAUGGUCACACGAAACCCUCUGUCAUAGUUCAUGGGACAGCAGUGUCAUCCUCUGUCAUUGUGCAUAGUAAUCAGGUCACCUCUGGAAAUGAAAAAAGUCCAACAAACACCCCAUCUCCUGACACCAGCAACAACCAGACUUUAUACAAGGGCAGCCCCAGGCCUAUCAAAAAGCAAAAAGAGAGUGCAGAGAACCACAGAAAGAGGUCAAGAGACAGUUCAGAUACCGCAGAGGAUCAGUCAAGUGGUAGACAGGAUGCAGAGACGGGCAGAUUAUGUCACAAAUCACGCAAGUCUCAUAACAAGAGCGACAUAUCUAACUCAAAGCAGCUGUCCACAUCUGUAGGGUCACAGGUCAAAGAAGCAGGGCCACUAUGCCAGAUUACUGUGCGAAUUGGUGAGGAAGCUAUAGUGAAGCGCAGCAUCUCUGAGACAGACCUUAGGAGAGACAAGAGCCAUUCUCCUCCAAAAAAUAAACGAAGUGAAACUUCAUCUGUGAAGGAAGCCAAGGAACCUCGCCAUGCUCACUCGCAGCAUCAUCAACAUAAACAUCGCCUCCACCGCAGAGCAAGCCUGGAGGCAGAGCGAGACAAGGAAGGAGGAGAUUGUGAGGAGAAGGAGAAAGAGGGCAGGAAAAAGAACUAUAAAUCCCCUGAUAGGGUGAGAGAGUACUACUUCCGUCAGGAGGUGCGUGAGCAGGAAAGUGACCAUGAUAUGGAGGAUAAUUUAUGGCGGCCUUACUACUCCUAUAAGCCUAAAAGGAAGGCCCAAGCACACCUACAAAGAGUCAAGAGCUGGCAAAGAAAACUGAAGUUUAAGCGUUCCAUCAGGCUAAAGAGGAGGGCAGAGAGGCUCAAGAAUCGAGUUAACAAAGAAACAGAAAAAUCACAAGAUGAGGAAGAGGAGCAGAAGACUGAGACUGUCGAAAAACUGUCAAUAGCUGAUGGAGACAAGGAAGAAGAGGAUAAGUGUGAUUAUCUUUCUGUUCCUAUAAAGGAGAAAAACAAAGCUGCAGAAGAACUAGUUAAGACCAUCUGCCAUGAGAUUGCUACACCUCCUGUAAACUCUCCAAAGCCUCCUGUUUCUACCUCAGUGGCUACUUCGGGAAUAAAGAGGCGACCUUGGACUAAUGGGAAUGCAGCAGAGUGUGGUACAUGUGGCCGCUGGUUCUCCAGCCCAAGGAAAAGAGACAAACACGAGCUGAGCCAUCUGCUGGAGUUUGUAUGCCUCUUCUGCCGAGCUACUUUCCCCUCAAGGGACAAACUAGAGGACCACCAGAGAGUGCAGCAUCCCAAGCCUACUGAGGUAUCCCCUGCUCCCACUAAGGGGGCACUUAGUGAACAAGUUGAAGGGGUUAAAUCUGUGCCAGAGAUUAAGUAUGAUGAAGAUAAAGGAGGGCAAGUGGGCUUAGUAGGAAGUACCUUUAGUACAGGUCCCCUAAGCAGAAGAGCGUUAUCAAGACACACCUGUCCACAGUGUCAUAAGGUUUGCAAGACUUCAUCAGCACUUACUCGCCAUAUCCGACGCCAUGAGUUAAGCAGUUCCCCAGAGCGAGAGAAGGAAGAUAAAGAGUCAAAGCCAAAUACAACAGAGACGGACAUUAACACCGUUAGCAGAGACCCAGACACUGAAACAGCACAAGUACCAAGUGCUCUGUCUGUUUCAGUAAUCAGCUAUUCAUCGCCAGACCCUCCCAGCACCGGUGACUUAUUGGUAUCACAGCAGCAUAAAGACCAGCCCAGCGAACUGACAAAUGAACAUCAGUCGUCACAAUCCAGCGACAAACUUGAACCAACAGAGCUCACACAUCCAGCUCCAGAGAGGGGGCCAAGCCCACAAAUACCAGACCCUCCAUUAGAAAGCCCAGUUAACCUGACACCCACUAAACACAAAUUCACGCCUGCCACACCCUCCACUCUACAGAGCGUCCUAGUCAUGAAUGGACCAGAAUGUCUCGACUACCGCACCCCCAGCAAAAAGAGCCUAGACAGCCAGAUGCACAGAAUACCCAGCCCUGCGCGCAUCAUGGCAUCCACCAACACCUCUCCUAAUGUGCCCAUGACGUCACAGACCAGAAUAACCACUGCUGCUCCUCCUGUUUCCAUGACAACAGCUCUCAGCUCCGAGGGGGGAUUCAUGAAACGGGAUGGGGUCAUUAUGGACAGAGAGAGACAGGGUGGGAGUGGUGUAUUUCUACACGCAAGUUACGAGGAAUCCCCUCUGGUCCAAGAUCUCAGAGUUCACACCCUGUCCAGGAGUCCCUCUCCUACUGAAGCACAAGAUCUGACCAUGUCAUCUAUUUUAGCUAGAGAGAGGGAGAUAGAGAGGCAAAGAGAGAAGGAGAGGGAGCUCGAGAGGCAGAAAGAAAGGGAGAGGGAGAGAGAGAUGUUGAAAGAAAAGGAGAAAGAAAUAGAAAGAGCCCAGAAAAUCAGUCAAGUUGCACCCACUCCAGAGGACCAGGUUUCUCUUUUGAUCCCUAAAGAGGAGCCCUUGAGCCCUGUGCCGUCGCCCCAGCACAUCCCCACUCACACCACUAUAAAUGGCCCCUCCUCACACAGGCACACUCCCAAGUCCCCCCGCAGGUCCCCCUCAACUAUUGGACACUUAACUCAAACAAACCACCAGGUUCACGCCAGUUCACAAGGACUCGACAGACUCACGCUGCCCACUGGAGCAGCUGGUGCCUGUGACCGCCCCUCUGCCCACGCUCUGCUUCUCCCCCGAGCUCCCCAGCCACCUGAGCCGGAGCACCAGGACACUGUUUCUUCCAGAGAUUCCCAGCAGGAGGACACCACCCCAGUGGGCUACCCAGCCCAGAAUUACCCCCUGCCCCUUAUUGUGCCGGAUGGCUAUCGCUCUGGGAAGAAGCAGGAGGAAAACCUGCUCAUGUCCUCAUACCCUGCUGGAGCUCUUCCCUUUGGCCCCCUGGGGAAAAUGAUGGUCCCUAAUGGCGGGGACCUCACUAAGCUGCCAUUUUAUCCAGACCCUUACCAGCUGCUUUAUGGACCUCAGCUGCUGGCCUACCCCUAUAACCUGGCUGCUCUUCCUGUGGCUCUGAACAUGAUGGCACCUGCAGGGGACAAGGUGGAGCCUCUGCCUUUCCUCCCUGCCAUCUUCAACUACGCAGCCACUGCUGGGCCCUAUAUGGGGGCAGCCCCACACCCCCUUGUGGCAAAUCCAAACCUUUACAGCAGCACCAGUGGCAGCAACAAGAAACGAGACAGCAGCAGCAGCAAACCCUAGGACAUAGGAGCACUAUGAGGAAUAUGUUCUACCGUGGACCGCCUGGACUGUUCAGGAUGGGAUUGGGAGGGGUGCGUGCUCACUGAGUCACUGAGUUCACUCACACAGUACCCUUGCCUCUCUUUAGCAAGAAGAGAUCAGGGCUAGGCUUACAUCAGGAGCAGGUUGAAGAGAGAGUAAGAAGCAAAGAAAUGGGGAGAGGGCUGACAUAGACGUAUCAUUACUCCCCUCUCUUUACUCUUGCUCACCUUUCUCCAUGUCUCUUCUGUCUUGCUGUAGUGUGUUAUAGUUUAGAGCUUGAUUAAUCUUCCUCUCUGACUCAUUAUAUUAUCUAUAAGAAUAAGAACUGCUAACAGGGUGUGUGUUGUGUGAAAAAUUAGUUCAGUCUGCUUCCCUUUAUAGUCACUGCAUAACGAGGAUAACCGCUCUUCAGGGAAGGCUUGUGUGGGCAAGGAUAGGGGACGAGACAGUCCGUACUCUACAGAGAAGGAAGUGAAGCAUCAUGCACCUUGUGUAUGUUUAUAGAGAAUGAAGGUUAAAUUCUGUUGCUAAACUGUCCAUGAAAGUUUAGAGGAUGCACAUGUUUCUUGUGCAUGCAGACGUGGGUUAAAGCAGAUAUAACUGCAUAUGCGUGACAGUGGUAAAGUGUGCAUUUGCGAGUGAAGCGUGUGCGUGAAUGGGUGGAUCAUUCCGUGUGAGAGGCACACAGCAUUCCUACUCUAGUUGGAAAAGCUAAUGUAGGUCAGUGCGUAGAGGUGCAUUUAGAAAUGAUUCCAAAUCAUUAAGAAGUCAUUGCUAUGGCUGGAUGUGAUGUGAGUCUGACAAUGAGAUCAUCCGAGCUUCUAACGUCUCAACUAACUUGAGGACGCUGCAGCCGGAUGGCACUGUAGGAUCUGUAUAGCAUUCACCAUAGUUUAUACCUUUUGUGCACAAAAUAGAAAGUAGUGGUCACUUUAUAAAGGGGACACUUGUAGCUGCUUUGGAUAUGUAGCUGGCCACUGGGUAAGGAUUAAUGGCUGGUUGACCAUUGCACUUCUGUUUCUCAUCUCAUUUCCUGAACAUAAAAAAGAAUAAAAACCAGUCAGCCUUCAUCUUGCGUUGCCUUUUCCUCUUUGAUUGUGAGAGGAAAAGAAUUCAUUUCCUAAGCCAGGAAGACAACCAUAACAGAAAAGAAGGAAAAUAAAGAAGGAUUCAGGGUAAUGAGUUAUUUCUGAGAGGAAAAGAAGUAUAGGGCCACAUUACUGUUGGAGUCCAAGUCAGAUGGCCCCACAGAAAUUACCGUAGAGACAACCGUGUUGUCUUGUUUUUUAAACAGAGUGGGGAUUGGAAAUAAACUGAAAUAUUUCCCAUCCUACCCUGUGUCAUUUAAUAAGAGGUAGGAAGGCUGAGCUUAGCAGCCAAAGUGGUGGCCGAAACUCCCCAGUCGCCCUCCUGGGGCCCUUUUGUUCUGUGUAAUGUUAUCUUUAUAUGUUUGUUUUGUUAAACUAUGUUGUUGUUUAUGUUGUUUAGCCCUCUUACUGGGUGGAAAUGGCUUCAGUGAAAAGGGGGGAGUAAACUUAAGAAUAUGAAUGUAAAUUUAGUCAUGAGGUUAAUGAAGUACAGCUACAUUAAUGAUAGAGUUGGUUUCAGUUCAUUUUUUUCUGUUUUGACACAAAUAACCUGUUAAAGAACCGUAUAACGUCUGGUAUGCAUAUAUACAGUAGUCCUAGGAACAUGUCAGUAAACUUGGGUUCUGUAUCCACAAAGCAUGAGCAACACUUGCUUCCUAACCGUUUAUAUCCUCAGCAAAUCUGGCAAUGUGCGCACAGCCUUUGUUUCUUUUCUGGCCUUUUCAUCUUCCAUAUCUCUGUAUUAGUAUAUUUUUAUUCAUUUUAGGCCACAGGUUGGAGUCAUUCCACAGACUAGCUGUCACACGUAUGCCUCACAGUCACUAUCAAGGACCUUUUUUAAAUUCUCCCUCUUCCUUCACUUGCACAUUGCACCUCCUUUGGAUGAAGUACAUAUGUUUCAAUGUGUGCGCAUGUGUGUGUGAUAGUACCGGGACGUCCUUUGAUUUGGGCAGGAGUGUUAAAACACAGCGUGACCAACUGCAGGGGCACACAAGCAUCCUCUUGGGUGUGGUUACAAGCCUUUUGCGAUUAGGCAUAGGUGUUUUUGUGUACGAGAGUGAGCGAGUGCAGGAAUAAGAAAACCAAAAUACUGUAAAUCUGCCUAAGCAGCAUAACCCUUGGCAGUAUAUGGGCCACGUUUUUUUUUUUUUUUCUUUGACACUUUUCUGUGGGUUAGUUUCAAUGUAAAAAAGCCUUGCUGUCUCCAAUACAAUAUCUCAAGCCAUUCCUGUAGAUGGACAUGUUUGUGUUGACGGACCAUUUCUUAUGCCAUAGUUUGCCAUCACUGUUAUUAUACAGACCAAAAGCAUGCAAAUCGACGUAUUGUAGUGACUGGACUGGAAUCUGGUGGUAAUAUACAACUAUUUACUGUAUGUUUUAGUUUAAAUGAAUGUGCCUCUGCUUUGAUAUUUAAUAAUUAUCUCCAGUAAGAUGUGGAUCUGCCAGAUUUCAACUGUUAAGGUGCCUUGUUAUGGCAUAAGAAAUUUGAAUAGUAAAUGAACAUUUUCUUGAGAAGAGACGGUAUAAUUUGGAGAUAGAUUUCAUGGCUUUAUUUGCUAUGAAGCUGUUCAUAGAUGUAGGGGUGUGGCUAAACUGUUUUGGUAUCGUGUACAUGUCUAGGGUAAUACUGUGCCAUAUAGAGCCCACGAAAUAUGUUAAUGUUAUUUUUCAAAGAUGUUUUAAUGUUGCCUGAUGACUUUGUCUUUAGAUUUGAUACAAAGGCUUGUAGCCACAGCUCUCCCAAAGUCUGUAGUCUCCUUUUCUUCUUGUUAUCUCUCCCCUCGUUUCUGUCUCCCUUUCUUUCUCUUUGCUGCAAUCAAACAAAAUAAAGUAUUAACCUGAUGACCCAAUGAAAUCUGCAGGAGUCUGGUCUC